ACUUCCAUAAAAACAAAAACAAAAACAAAAUUUAUUUUUAAGGGAAACAAAGACGAAUUCAAACUUCUUCCCACAGUGUCUCUCAGCUCUCAUCUCUUCGAUUCCUUCGGAGAUUAACCUAUAAUUUCUCUCAUUUCCCUUCAUUCCACUCAUCAUAUCCUAAAUUUGCAUCCCCUCCCUGUAAUUCUCUCACCGACAACUCACUCCUUUCAUGGCUUUCUAGCUUUUUUCAAGAUUCAGAUCGCUCUUCUUCCUCUUCCUACACGUAGAUCGCCAUUUUCAGACUUGCUUCUUUUAAUAAAGGUGUUGACAUCCGAUUCAAGCUUGGAGUUCUGGAAGCUGCAAAAUUUAUUACUGGAUGUCAUUCUUUGUUUCUACACUAAAUAGGUCUCAGAGAGAUAUUCUUAUUUAGCUUGAAACUUAAAGCUUUUGAACAUUAUGGUGAACCCAAUACGCAGUGGAAACAUGAGAAAACCUAAUGAGAUAAUGAGGAUUCUAGUUACAACAUUUGUUGGAGGUGUUUUUGGUUUCUUUUUAGGAGUAUCCUUUCCCACGCUCUCAUUAUCCCAGCUAAAUUUCCCAUCCAGCCUGAUUCCUUCUAUUGAUCUCACUUACAUUGAGGACAAGUACUCAGGCCUCUCCACUGAAGCAUUCUUGAAUGCUUGGUCUUCUUUGAAGGGUAAUAGAGGCAGCUCCUUACAAUUUUCACUGAACGAGACAAAGAUAUGGGUUCCUACAAAUCCUCGAGGAGCUGAAAGAUUACCACCUGGUAUUGUCGAGUCUGAAUCUGAUUUUAACCUUCGGCGUCUGUGGGGUAUGCCAAGCGAGGAUUUGGCUAUCAAACCAAAGUACCUGGUAACUUUUACAGUUGGUAUUGAUCAGAAAAAGAAUAUUGAUGCAGCAGUUAAAAAGUUCUCAGAGAACUUCACAAUCCUGUUGUUUCACUAUGAUGGACGAGCAAGUGAGUGGGAAGAUCUUGAGUGGUCGAAGCGGGCUAUCCACGUGAGUGUAUACAAGCAAACUAAAUGGUGGUAUGCUAAACGUUUUCUACAUCCUGAUAUUGUGGCAUCAUAUGACUACAUAUUUGUUUGGGACGAAGAUCUUGGAGUAGAACAUUUUAACGCAGAAGAAUAUAUAAAACUUGUGAGAAAACAUGGUUUGGAGAUCUCGCAACCUGGGUUGGAACCAAAUCAAGGGCUUACGUGGCAGAUGACUAAAAGAAGAGGGAACAGUGAAGUUCACAAGGAGACAGAGGAGAAACCUGGUUGGUGCACUGAUCCACAUCUUCCACCUUGUGCAGCUUUUGUUGAAAUCAUGGCAACUGUAUUUUCUCGGGAUGCAUGGCGCUGUGUUUGGCAUUUGAUUCAAAAUGACUUGGUUCAUGGUUGGGGUCUCGAUUUUGCACUAAGAAAGUGUGUUCAUCCCGCUCAUGAGAAAAUAGGGGUCGUAGAUGCUCAGUGGAUUGUGCAUCAAAGUGUUCCUUCUCUCGGGAACCAGGGAAAAGCAGAAAAUGGGAGGGCACCCUGGGAAGGGGUGAGAGAGAGGUGUAGAAAAGAAUGGGAAAUUUUUCGGAGCCGGUUGGCUGAUGCAGAGAAAGCUUACUACAAGGGUGUGGGGAUUGAUCCACCAAAUUCAACUGAAGUUUAGGAAAACUGCUGCAACUAUUCUUUCCCUUUCUACUGAAAGAGAUCUUUGUGUGAAGAGGCACUGGUAAAUUCAUUUGUCUCUUGAGUACACUUUAUAGGAGAAUUAAUACGAAUGCUCAAUCUUGUGAAAGAGAAUACGUCUACUUAUGAAUUAGUAUGGAUUAGAUUAGAUCAUAGUUAUAUCAUGGAUAAAAUCUACUGUUUAUAUAUAUAUAUAUAGAUUCCCUUAAAAAGGAGCUAGCUUAGACAUGGCAGAUCUUUAUGGAAA